CGGCCUUGUUCGAGCAAGGGAAGUUCGCGACGUUUACCCUUCCGGGCGCACAGUGUGUGUGCAGAGCUCGGCUUUGUUCCCUUCAGGUUGGCAGCGAAGCAUCGCUCAGCUUAGUUCAGGAACAGGCGACUCAGAAACCCUUCAGCACGCUUCCCGCCGAGUUAUUGAGUGUGGGACUCUAAUGUUAGGUAGUUGUUGGCGGCUACUUUGUGCCCUUGUUGUCCUUGCUAGCAUGCAGCGUACAAGGUAAGGAAGGGCGUACGGACCCAGCAAUAUAUCUGGUGCGUACGCACCAGUUACCAAUGGCGCAGGGCCAAGAAUCGAUAAUGGCCCUUCCAUGGAGAACUUUCCAAAGAAGGCACCAUCUUAUAGUUCUUUCACUAGUCGCACUUUUAGCAUCUCUCCCCAUCGCUACGCUAGCCAGUCACAUAAGUCCCGCCGGUACGGCCUACGCUCAAAGCGCCACGUCGGAAGAUGUUCCCCUCGAUAUUGUCGACCCCGCCAUAGACAAAUACAGGUCCUCAGACAAACAGCUCGACUCGCCGAACGGGGGUGACAAUAGCAAGCUCUCGACUACAAUGGAGGGAGGUAGCGGCGGCGGUGGAGGAAGCACGACGGAGGAGGGAGGAAGGAGCAGUAGUGGCGGUAGGAGUAAAGACGACGGCAUGUGGGACUGGAGCUUCACCGACCCCGGCACUUCCUCCGAUGGUGCCGUUGACGGCGGUGCAAAUGGCGGCGACGGUAGCGCGUCUGAUGGGCAAGCAGGCUCUGGAAGCGACAGUGGCAAUGGCGGCAAUAACAACAAGAUUUCCGUGCAGGACGAGCCCUUUGUGGACCACUCGCCCGCUGACGGCGGCGGCUCAAACGGCACUUCGCCCGACUCCGGCGCGACAGAUAACGCCCCGCCUGCUACAGACGACGGCUCCUCUGCUACGGGCGACGGCUCCUCUGCUACAGACCACGGCUCCUCUACUACGGGCGACGGCUCCUCUGCUACAAACGACGGUUCCGGAGCCGGGAGCACCCAGAAGAAGCAAGCCGCGCAGCAAAAACCGAUGGGCGGAACGGAGACGCCGGAAGCGCCCGCGGAUGCGCCCCCUUCCUCGCCUCCCCCGCGUCCCUUACCACAAGACGCAAGCCCCGCAGAGCCCUCCGCGCCGGCGGACACCAGCGGCGCGCAGGAGGAUUAUCCGCAGGGGGAAGAUCCGCAGGGGGGAGAUCCGCAAGCGGGAGACGCUGGGGGGAAAGAUGCGAACGGGGAGGCCAGUGGGCGCAAGUCGAGCGCCUCUGUGCCAAAUGAUCAUCCGCCCCCGCCUCCUGAGCCGACGCCCCCAGAGGAGUGCGACGAGUGCGCGGUGGCGAUGGGAAACGCCUGUCCGCCGUCGACUCUCCCGGGCUACAACUACUCGGCGCAGCUCUACGACUCCAAGAUUAUACUGCAUUGGAGUGUAGAGGGGUGCACUGUACAUAUGGCGCUCGAAGCCACGCAGGAGAGCUACGCGGGCAAUGGCUGGCUCGGUAUAGGCUGGUCCGAUAACGGCCAGAUGGCCCCUGCAGACGCUGUGAUUGGUAACACGCCGGGUGUAGCUCCGUAUGAAAUGACUGGUUACCGGCGAACUGAGGUGUUCCCGACGCGGAAUUUCUCGCUGGGGUUUGAUGUGGCCGUUGAAGCAUCGCCGGAUUGCUCUACUAUCAUCAAGUUUUCUCGGGAGAAUGGCACGGGGUCGCAGUCGCCGUUCCACAUAGAGGGCAAGAGCUGGGUGGUGUGGGCGCACUCGAGAAACCUCAUGACCACCCUCUCCUACCACGGCGCCGCCAUGGGUAUUGCCAUUGUGGACUACUCGUGCAACUACGCCCCGCAGAUCAUCCGAGCGCCUCAGAGCAGGAAGCCCAGGCCUGGCUGCGGCGUCGACUGCAAGGAUGGUGAUGAUGACCAUGACGAUGACGACUGCCAGACGAUUGAGUGCGAACAGUGGAAGGCGGCGAGGAGGGCGCGGCGGUGGGCACUCUGGCGGGCAUGGUGGCAGUUCUAUUGGGGGAUUCCCAAGGGCCCGAUUGUUACUCCUGACCCCGUUCCCUUCCGGCCGUAAAAGGCGGUCGUGAUACUAGAGGAAGCAUCUACACUAGGGCAUGUGACUAAUUGCCAAUUUGACAUGUGGCACGGGGGAAGUGUGGGGAAGAGCCAUAGCAUAGCCUCUAUUGUUCGAGGUUGUUUGGGUACAGUUUGAGGGGCUUGUGUGUUGGCUUUCAAAAGAUAUACCUGAUUAUCUUCGCACAACAGCGAUUUGUGUGCAACCCUUCAUGA